UGAUGCAGUACGCCUCUACUGCAUCGUGUCAGAUCGUGUCGACUCGUCUCCUCUCGUCUCGAAGCAUCCCCUCCGCUUCAACAUCUCUUUCUUUCCCUUCCCUCCCACCCUGCUCAGCCACCCAGAUCAUCAACACUCACAAAGACAAACUUUCUUAAGAAAAAACCCUCAAGACCUCUGAUUCAGUCCAAACUGAGUGAGCAGUGGUAGCAGGAUGGGCCCUCCUACCCAUCGCAGCUAACCGCAUCGACCGGACCUCACUGCAGCUGGGACCCUCUUCCCCAACCUUCCCCAACCUUAGUGCACACAAUACCUGUAUAAACGUACAUACAUAUAUAUCCCUGCUAGAUAGUUACGCCUAUAAUAUUAUUGAAUAUACAUGCAUCUGGC